GCUGUUGUUGUGACAGGGACCGUGACAGCGACAGGCCCGGCACGAGCCCCCGCCCCCCGCACACGGGCCUUGCCGUCUCUGGCUUCGCUCCCCGCCCGCCUGCAUCAUGAAGUGGAUGUUCAAGGAGGACCACGCGCUGGAGCACAGAUGUGUCGAGUCCGCAAAAAUCCGAGCCAAAUACCCCGAUCGUGUCCCGCCUGACCUUCACGCCUGCACUUUACAGGUCAUAGUGGAGAAGGUCUCAGGAUCUCAGAUUGUUGAUAUUGACAAGAGGAAGUACUUAGUUCCGUCUGACAUCACCGUGGCCCAGUUCAUGUGGAUCAUCAGGAAGAGGAUUCAACUGCCAUCUGAGAAGGCAAUAUUCCUCUUUGUAGACAAGACUGUCCCACAAUCCAGCUUAACUAUGGGACAACUUUAUGAGAAGGAAAAGGAUGAGGAUGGAUUCUUGUAUGUUGCCUACAGUGGAGAGAACACAUUUGGUUUCUGAAUGGUGGGUCUUGGCUACUGUACCAUCCUGCUGUGUAUCUUGUAAAUAGCUGAUCAUUUUUUGUUCUGACAUCCUCAGAAGUUUCUUCUAUAUACAUGCAUUUGUAACUGGAUUUGUUUCUUAAUAUAUUGCUAGGUCUUGUUUUAUUAGACUGUUAAAUUAUAAAAAGAAAAUUU